UGAAAAUACAAAUGGCGACUGUUCAAUCGGUUCUGGAGAGAUGUGACCCGGCAUUCUUGGACCUCUAUGGGGACCCGGAGCAGUCUGAAUAUGUGGAGGCGGACAGGAUGCUUCUACAACUGAUCGACAACCGUCGCAUCAAGAAGGUUCUAUGGAGACAGAUGUCUGUCUUUGACUCAAUGUUGUCCGAUUUGGAGGGGUCAGACUCUUUACAGCAGCUACUGACACAGUCUUUCCCACCCAAACCUGACAGCAAGGCGUGUUCAAGAUGGAAGGCCCUGAAGGCGGAGACCAGACUCGUGGAAGAGGAGAUAGAGGUCCUGAUUGAUGGUUUGCUGACGAGAGAAGAGCAGAUCGUCAGCAAGCGACUAAGACUCGUGCAUCUAGUCAAGGAGCUGACGGAGAAGAAGCAUCAAAGCAAAAAGCUGGAGAUGGCGCUACAGAAAUCCUACAAUGCUUUGCAUGUGUGUGACGGUCAACUGGCAAUUCUGAAGGCUGAGUCCGAGGCAGCAGUCAAUUUUCUCGACAAAUGGCAAAAAGUAGCAGAAGAGCUCCGAGGCUGCACGUCGGCCACAAAGGACCUCAUGCAGACCAAGUUGCUGCAGUCCAACCAAUCAGAGCUGGUUGUGGAACAGAGGCCCCUCCUCGCUGGAGGCCAGGUCUCCAAUGAUCUGUUGCCUUUGAAGCUGUCAAUCACCUGGUGCCCUGAUGACCGAUUCAAAUUGCAGGUGAACCAGGGUAAGGCUGGUCUGGAAGAGAACUGCAUGAAGGGUCGUCUGUCUGAGCUGCCCGCCGCCAUGCUGGAGGUGAGGCAACGCUACAGCAGCCAAGGGGACAUGCUGGGCGAGAUACAGACUCUGCACAGCAGUUUUGCCAUAGACUGGCGGCCGGCUCAGAAGCUGCUGGUGUACCUGAAGUCGGCCUCCGUGGUGUGUUCCCUGGAGGUCGAGGAGGGAUACCCCAGGACGGGACAUGCGUGUCUGGUCUCCAUACGCAGGGACGCACAGCCCAUUGACACCUCCAUGCUGCAGCCUCCUAAGAAAAAAAUGAGCCUUACAGAGUGGCUGGUUUUCCUUUCCACUAGUCCCCUCGUCUGAAGACAAUGCUUUGUUUCUCAAGAUUUUUACCAGACCUGUCCAAAAUGUUGUACCUAUUUUCCUGAAUUCAUCUCUUCCUCUCCUCCUUGACACAUUUUUCCUGUUUAUAAUUGUUGUAUCUUCCCUGUGGUAUUUAUCACCUGUUCUUUUAUAGGUUGGAGUUAGUGCAUUAUUCCACAUGUUAGCGUUUGGUGCUUCACUUAUGAAGUGAUGUGGAAGUUUUCUACUUAAAAAUAUAAUUUUAUAAAUAAAAAUGUACACCUUA